AUGAAUGCCUAUUUGAUGUCCCUUCUGUUAUCAGCUACCGUAAUCUCCCAAAUUGAGGCGAGCACUUGCUACAAGAAUUGGAGUCGAUGCACACCGCAGACAAGCUUUUGGACAGGGAUUCUCUGGAAAACUUGCUCGGAGUAUUGUCAAAAGUGUGGUGGUCGUGAAAGUGGCGGAUGUCGACGAGUGAACAACAAAGAGUGCUCGGGUGGAUAUCAGUGCCAAUGCAGCGGUCGAAACAUUCGCAAAUCAAGCGAUUGGAUGACGAAAAUCACUUGUAAAAUGGGCUUA